AUGGGGGAUACUGGAGGCUCCCAGCUGAUUCAAAAUCUGACUUUAAGUGCCAGCACAGCCUUAAAGGUGGUUUCUUUGACGCCCACUUUCCAUCACGUUACCUGGAUCCGGCAGAACAUCCGCAAGAAAGAGUGUUGUUUUUUUGAAAAAGGUGCCAGAGAGGAUGUGUGCAUGUGUGGCUACUCCAAGAGCGAGCAUGUGGACGACGCCGUCCAGACAGAGGACUCUGGUGGUGGGACUUGGGACCCGCACACACAUGUCCGUGAAGUCCCCACGGAUGCUUUCGGGGACAUUGACUUUGGAGGGUUGAGGCAGACCACGACAAAGUAUGCUCGAGUGUCCACAGAAACCAGUCCAGAAGUGGUGUACCAGUUGAUGACUGAACAAUGGAAAGUGUCGCCACCCAACCUGCUCAUAUCGGUCACAGGAGGAGCCAAAAACUUCUACCUGAAGACCCGUCUCAAGAAUGUCUUUCAAAGAGGUCUCAUCAAAGUAGCGCAGACAACAGGCGCAUGGAUUAUCACAGGUGGGACCAACACUGGCGUCAUGAAGCACGUGGGGCAGGCCGUGAGGGAUUAUUACCUGAGCAGCUCCAUGCAGGGCCAGAUUGUCACCAUUGGUUUGGCAACGUGGGGAGUCAUUCACAAUAAAGAAGUGUUGGUACAUUCGCAGGGUUGUUUCCCCGCUCAUUAUCCGAUGGACGUCAAGGGUCGACUCCCCUGCCUUGAUAACAACCACACCCACUUUCUGCUUGUGGACGACGGCACUCACGGACGCUACGGCGUCGAGAUCGAUUUGAGGAGUAGGCUAGAGAAGUACAUUUCUGGAAAGAAUCUUGGACACUCUGUUGGAGUGACCAUCCCUGUGGUGUUGGUGGUUUUGGACGGAGGAGCAGGCACUCUUAAUACCAUCUACACAGCAAUGCUCAACGACACACCAUGUGUGGUGUUGGAGGGCUCUGGGAGAAUGGCCGACGUGAUCGCUCAUGCGGCUGGACUACCAGUGAGCCAGGUCACCAUCAGCCUCAUCCACCGCCUGCUCAAGAAGUUCCUCAGCUUGGAGUAUGACAAUUUCACUGACCUCAAGAUCAUCGAGUGGACCAAAAAGAUUCAGGACAUUAUCAGGAUGUCUCACCUGCUGACGGUGUUCAGAGGAGGUGGAGACAGUCAUGGAGAUGUGGAUGUGGCAAUUUUACAAGCACUCUUCAAAGCGUCACGAGCCAGUGCAUCACAGGUAGUGGAGGGAUGGCGUCGCCAGCUUGAGCUGGCAAUAGUCUGGAACAGAGUGGAUAUAGCUGCCACUGAGAUCUUCACUGAUGAAAGCCAGUGGAAAUCCAGCGACCUCCAUUGGGCCAUGUUCUCAGCUCUAGUUGGCAACAAGCCUCAGUUUGUGAGCCUCCUGCUGGAGAACGGCGUGAGUCUGCGGGAGUUCCUGCACAGCGAAGACACUCUUUGCGACCUCUACAAGCAGCUGCCCAACUGCUUCUUUCUACGCAAACUAGCCAAGCGCGUCCGUGCCUCCUGUGGUCGGAGAAGGAGAGUGUUCGCCGCUAGGAACCGGGUGCGGGAGGCGCAGAACCAGUGCAUCUCCUUGACUCACGUGUCAGAUGAGGUGCGUCACCUUUUGGGUAACUUCACCCAGCCCAUCUACCCACCGCCCACCAUGAUGUACCACUUCAACAUGGAGGAAAACACCUCGUCCUCUUCUGGAUCAUCCAAAUUAGACCUCGCCGAGGCCCAGAGAGACCCAGCCAGAGAUCUUUUUCUUUGGGCUGUCGUCCAGAAGAAUAAGGAGAUGGCGGAAAUCUUCUGGGAACAGUGUACAGACUGCGUGUCGGCCGCUCUUGCUGCCUGUAAAAUCCUGAAGAAAAUGGCAGAGGAGGGAAGUGACGCGGACGAAGCCGCAGUCAUGCAAGAGUUAGCCGAUUACUUUGAAAUGCACGCUAUUGGUGUGUUUACCCAGUGUUACAGCAGCGGUGAGGAGCGGGCUAAGAAGCUGCUGGUUCGCGUGUCGCCAUUUUGGGGCAAGACCACGUGUCUUAGACUAGCACUGGAGGCUAACUGUAAAAGCUUUGUGGCUCUGUCAGGUGUACAGGCCUUGCUGACUGAGAUAUGGUGUGGUGAGCUUUCAGUGGACAAUCCAGUUUGGAGAGUGACAACCUGCAUGAUUUUCUUCCCACUGAUUUACACCAGCUUUCUGAUUUAUAGACCUGAUGAAGUAAUCCAGAAGCAAAACGAGAACAGUGAGGAUAUUAGGACGGUGGCGAGUGUCACAGGAUGCGUGGACCGAACUAAAGCUAAAAGCCCUGCUCCCACAACCACAAAGUCUCUGAACUGCUGGUCCAGACUCGUCUGCCUGUAUAGCUCGCCGCAGGUGAAGUUCUACUGGAAUAUCGUUUCCUACUUUGCAUUCCUCUUCCUCUUUGCGGUGGUGCUGAUGAUGGACUUCCAGACCACGCCCUCCCCUGCAGAGAUUCUACUGUAUGUGUGGCUCUUCUCUGUGGUGAGCGAGGAGGUUCGGCAGUUGUUUUAUGAUCCCGAUGGCUUCGGGUUACACAAGAAGGCCAGGAUGUACAUCAGAGAACUUUGGAAUAUUUUGGAUGUUCUAUCAAUAGUCCUCUUCAUUAUCGGCCUCGUGUUCAGACUAACCAUCGAGCACUUCUACGCUGGAAAGAUCAUCCUUUGCAUCGACUUUGUCGUCUUCUGCUUGCGUCUCAUGGCCAUUUUCAGUAUCAGUAGGACACUUGGACCAAAGAUCAUCAUUGUUAGGAGGAUGAUGAUGGACAUGUUCUUCUUCAUGUUCCUGCUGAGUAUCUGGGUGGUGGCGUAUGGCGUAGCCAAACAGGGUAUUCUGAUCCACAAUGACAACAGACUGGAAUGGAUUUUCCGGGGUGCUGUAUACGAGCCCUACCUCAUCAUUUUCGGCUAUGUCCCCACAAACAUCGAUUAUUCAGAAUUCAACCUGGAGUCCUGUAGCAUGAAUGCCACUGACCCCUUGAAACCUAAGUGUCCCGUACUGAACGAGAACCAGACCCCAGCCUUCCCCGAAUGGCUCACCAUCAUUAUGUUGUGCGUUUACCUCCUUUUCGCCAACAUACUUCUACUCAACCUGCUGAUUGCCAUCUUCAACUUUACAUUCCAGGAAGUGCAAGACAACACUGACCGAAUAUGGAAGUUCCAAAGAUACGAGCUCAUUAGGGAGUACCACAGCCGCCCUUCUGCUCCUCCUCCCUUUAUCAUCCUCAGUCACCUUUACAUAUUCAUCAGGAAUGUGAUACUUUGCAGGCCACCAAUUAAAUCCCGAAAGUUCAGAACUGAGCUUCCUCACACAGAAGAAGAAGAGCUGUUGUCAUGGGAGGCCCUGAUGAAGGACCGCUACCUGCUGUCCACCCAGCAGCAGCGAAGUCAGACCAUGGAGCGGUGUAUCGUAGACACAGCGCAAAAGGUCACCUCCAUAACUGAUAGGCUGGAGCGGGAAGAAGAUAUACGCUCCGCCAUCUUGAUUAAACGUCUAGCCCGACUGGAAGAGCAGGUUUUCCAGUCAGCCAAAGGCCUGCAGUGGAUCAUGGAGAGUCUGAAGUCCAUACCGGGUCUUGCCGGGAAAGAAGAGCAGCCACUCCCGAUACUUUCAACAGGAAAGGACACUUCAGAAACUCUAGAAUCAGAGAAAGAGACAGAAGGCUUUCACGUCAAAGCCCGACAGUUCCAAUACCCAAACAGCAAAGUCACUCGCUUCCCUGUACCCGAGGAGAAGGUGCCGUGGGAGGUCAGCUUCAGCUCAUACAUGCCUUCGUAUUAUAACUCGGAGGAUAAUCUAGAAGGAUUGGACUCCAAGGUGUUGGAAAAUUACAGAAACCCUGGAGGGAGGACCGGUAUCAGAGGUCGUGGCUCACUCAUGCAUCUAGGUCCAAAUCUGCACGUAGACCUUGUGAUUACGCGCUUGCGAGACAGUGGCCGCUGUGUUUUGGAGUUUCUGGCAGUUGAAGACAAGAAACAACAGUUAAUGGUUCUACCAGGGGGACCGGUUGAAUCUUCGGAACGUUUACCUUCGGGUCUGAUGACAACUUUAGGCAAGAGCCUGUAUGAAAGAUUACAUGAAAAAAUAGCAGAGGGAAUACUGGUUUUUGAAGGUUACGUAGAUGACGCCAGGAACACAGACAACGCCUGGGUAGAAACCACCGUUCUCAACCUUCACCUAGACUCAAGUGAGGAUUCACAGGAUAUAAUUAACAUGGUGAGACCUAACGUGGCGUGCAGUCGCGGCUCUCUGCAGUGGCAAGAGGUGAGCUGCAAAAACGGACUUUGCUCAGACCAAAGCGACUCGCUGAGGCGGGUCGCCUUGCUGCAUAACAGGAACUCCUAA